UCAUGCUUUAAAGAAACUCUCUUCCAUGUUUCUGUCUAUUUAGAGUAAUCAUCAGACAUCGGCUUUAUAUGGGACACCAAAUAGCAGAUUUUAUUUCUUCUUUAAUCAGAUCAAAAAUGUCAAACACAAAUGGCCCAUCGCUGUUGCGUCUGGGUGUAAUAGUGACGUUGGCAGGUGUCAUCUCUCUGGGUGUUGUGUUUUUCUGGUUCUCGCCUUCAAACAAAUGUCCACCUCCAGUUUUUAGACCAGUCCAAUAUGCCAAGACUAACAACUCUCUUACUGAUAAAGCAGAGGAGAAACCUAUACUUCUGUUAUGGGUUUGGCCUGAAAAUUAUAGGUUUGAUUUCAGUGACUGCAAAAAGUUUUACAAUAUUGAUCGUUGUCAACUGACGGAUGAUAGAGCUCUCUACAACAGUGCAGAUAAUGUCAUUGUUUAUCAUAGAGCCAUCACUGAUCUGUCCAACCUUCCUCCAUCUCCUCGUCCUCCAUUCCAAAGGUGGAUUUGGUUGCAUUUGGAAUCACCAACCAACACCAAAAGGAUCCGAGGUCUGGAAAACCUUUUCAAUCUCACGCUCAGCUACAGACAGGAUGCUGAUAUUCCUGUACGGAUGCGCUUGAUCACCAGGAAAAAACCUAAUGAGGAUUUUGUAAUUCCCAAAAAGGACAAACUGGUGUGUUGGAUUGUAAGUAACAAGGAUCCAUCAACUGGUGUUGACACAAGGAACAUUUUUUACAGGGAAUUCAGCAAAUACAUCCAAGUGACUUUGUUCGGAAAGGCUUUUGCAAGGUUUCUGGGUUACGACGACUACUAUCCAACCAUGGCUAGUUGCAAAUUUUACCUUGCCUUUGAGAACUCCAUCCACAAAGACUACAUCACUGAGAAGAUAAACGGGCCACUCGCGGCAGGUACCGUCCCUGUGGUGUUGGGUCCUCCGAGAAGAAACUAUGAAAACUUUGUUCCUGCCGAGUCCUUCAUUCAUGUCAGUGACUUCCCUGAUGUAAAGUCACUAGCCGAAUAUCUGCUUCAGCUGGACAAGGAUGAAGAUGCAUAUCGCAAGUACUUUAACUGGAGGAAACAUCUCACUCCAAGUCCUCAUUUAAUAUUGCAGAGACAAGAGUUUAUUCUUUUAGUUUUGGAUCUGAAGAACAUUCUCUCAGCCACAUUAGGAGAACAUUAUAAGAAUAUCAUUGAGACCAGAGGACCUCUCAAGCUCCAUCAGGUUGGAUGGGGAGUGUUGGUGCACAGCCAUUUUCAGAUCUCUCCAGAGAUGUUCAGUUGGAUGAACCGUCGUCCCCGUCUGAGGUCCAGGUUUUCAUCAAGGAUGUCUCCGUACACUGCUGCAUUCAUCUUUUCCUCGAUCCCGACUAGUCUACCAGUUCCUGCCGCUGAAAACCAUCCCCACAGCAUGAUGCUGCCACCACCACCAUUCUUCAAUGUAGGGAUGAUGAACCGUCAUCCCCGUCUGAGGUCCAGGUUUUCAUCAAGGAUGUCUCCGUACACUGCUGCAUCUUUUCCUCGAUCCCGACUAGUCUACCAGUUCCUGCCGCUGAAAACCAUCCCCACAGCAUGA